AUGGAAACAAUAUCAGUGCAACGUUCACCGGGUAAACAGGUUUCGGGUUUGAGACCAUUCAAGAACCCUAAAAGAAGGGGUUCUCGUGGUUCGCUUUCGAGAUCCGGAGGAAGUCUGGCUCUUCCGAUCAAUCCGGCGUCUUCUUGGGGAUCUUCGCCGGCGUAUCCUCCGCCGCCGACUAAUUACUCGCAGCCUCCUCUUCUCCCUCUUCCACGUGUCAACAGCUCUACUCUCCCUCUGCAACGCGUCAACAGUUUUAGGCAACGUGUCAACAGCACGACUCUUCCUUGUGCUCAAACAAGAGCAUCGUCUGAAACACAGCAGAAGAAAGUAGAGUUUGCUGACUCGGUAGCUAGUUUGACUCGAACCGGUUCGGUUCCGGUCCGGUCUAACUACCCGGGUGAUUUUCCUACAGGAUUUGAUGGUUACCCCGGUCCAGCGAUCUUGUUAUUAUCUCCUCCGCCGAGUAGUUUGCCCAUGCCUAGGUUCUCGAUCAAACCGAAGCUUCGCUGCAACGCAGAAGCUGGCGGGAAAGUCAAUGGCGUCGCCUCUGAUAACAACCGGCGAGUUUUACAGCUCCGGUGA